AUGUCUUCACUUGACGAAAUUGUCAAGUCAAUCCAAACGCUUUCCCGGACUGAAGCACCCGUUAGCGAGUCCACAAUCCAUGCCGAAAAUUUGCUAAAAACAGGCGUGAGAAGUUUGAGUGAUAUGUUUGCUGGUUGGAUUCAAGAUUCUACUGGACCACCUCUAUCGGAUCCGAUCCACCAAACAGUUGACCCUUCUCAGCCCUUAGGUUUUCCACCCCCUGUGAUUAAUAAACUCCAUAACUUAUUCGCCUAUCUUCAACAGCUUUCCAAAACUCUUCCAGGUAAUUCAACCAUCCAGGAUGUUCAUAAGGAAAUCAUAUCAGUUUAUGCUUCAGCCAGGAGCAAGUAUGUCUGUACCAGUUUGAAGUCCCUUAGUGAUAGCUCAGUUGAAGCCAUUAGGAAUGGGGACGGGUUCGGUCAAUUUUCCAGCUUCAUUGCCUGUCUUCUGGAUAUGCUGAAUGUUGAAUAUAAGGCAGUCUUGUCUGUCUUCAAAGGCGCCAGCCCGAUACAAAUCAAGGCGAUCUAUUCACAAGUGAUUUCAGCCUCCUUAGAAUUGCUAUCCGAAACGGGUCAAUCAGUCAAUAGCGUUAUCAAGCGAUCGUUGUCAUCGUAUAUUGCAGUUGCAUUCGACACCUAUGCAGCGAUCUCAGAUCAACUAUCGCGGUUCGACGAAGAAGUUCGGCGGCCCGCAGGGCGGAAAGAGAAUGAGCUUGGAGACCUCUUGCAUGCCUUCAAGGGCUCAUGUCUACGUUCAUUACCCGAAUUCAUUGCGGAUUGCAAAACCUUUGGGGAGAAACAGCCAGUUGGUAGCGAGACGAGUAACACGAUGACCAGCGAGAUGACGAUCGUCGUUGUUGAAUAUUUGAAGAUGCUGUGCCAACAUCCUGACAUGGUCGAGAGUCUCCUGGUCAUCCUCGGUGAUGGAAAAUGGAUCUUUGGCGCUGCGAGUACUCCCAAGACUUCCUCUGUUGGCACUUCUAACGAUGAAGCACCACUAUUAGUCAAAUAUCUUGACGAUGCGCUGUCCACCUUAUAUGCUGCGAUAGAAGCGCGAUCCAAGAAUCUGAAAUUGAGGUCAACUGUGGCGAGUGCGAUCACGAGUGUCACCGCAAGGAAUGGAGUGGGAGCGAUUUACAUGUUAAACAACUUUACAUACAUCCGACGCGAAUUAUUAGAGUCGGCCGUGUUGGAUAUCUACGGGGACCAGCUGGGGGACCAAUUGAACAAGCGGGUACGGACAUGCAAGGUCCGAUACCUCGAGAUCUGGUCGCCCUUGAUAUCCGCCCUGAUGGAUGCGGGCGGAGAGGAGGGUAAAUUCGGGCUCGGGGCCGUCAAGAGCGCCUUGCCCGGUCAGCACGCUGGCGCCGAAAGGAGAGACGUCAAAGACCGCUUCGGGAGGUUCAACGAGGCCUUCGAAGAAGUCAUUCAGUUGCACCAGGCCGCUAAUCUUGCUAGCAAUGAUCCCGAUCUGAAGGAUCAGUUGAGAGAUGAAAUCGAAAGGAUGAUCAUGCCCACGUAUGCAAAGUUUACGCAGCGACAUGAAGGUGGCCAAUUUUCAAAAAAUCCUUCCAAAUAUCUUAAAUUUUCUGCUGAACAAUUGGAAGAAAGAUUAGAUGAAUUGUUUCAUUAA